CUUUCCUUCUCUCUAUCGCCAUUCACGACGCAUCGAAUGACAUCUCGAACAUCUCGACACGCUGCAUCACUCUGCGUUGCACUAUCUAUACGAUAUCUUCUAGCCACAGUCAAAGUCGACUAGGGUCAUCUUAGUUCGUUCUGCGAAAAAUUUACAUUCGUCAAAGGAUUAUGGUAUAAUAUAAAUAAAUUAUUAAAAUAAAAAAAUAAGAGUUUACGCUCCGAUAUUUAUGUGUGUGACUGUAAGUCGCAUCAUCGCAUUAGGUUUUCUAUGGUUUUAUACGGAUUCGAAUGAAUAUAGUUCAAAAUUUCUUCGUACUGUAAACUGUAAGAUAGAAGUAAGAUAAUAAAAAAGACAGAUAAUAAAAAAGACAAGAUGAGUAUUACCGGUAAACAGCUCUAUGAUAAGAUUCGCGGGCUGCGACCGGAUUUGUCGUCGGGGAUCACAUUGGAAAUGUUGAGCAAGGUUUGUGAUGAUCUUAACACACAGCCUUUUCUGGAGUGGUUCUGUAAGAAUGUGAGCAGCGCUAAUGUCCUCUCUGUCGAGGAAAUGAAAUUAAAAGAUGUGUUGCAAAAUGCUGACGAAUGGCUAGAGGACGAAGAAUUGGAUGCUGCAUUGGAGGAAGCAACCAGGGACUGCCCAAAUUUGCUCAAGCUUGUCAGUAUAGAUGAUACAUGUAGAGAAGAUUUGUUUAUAGAAUAUGAAACAUUGAAGGAAAGCUGUAGAGACAGCGAGGAAUAUCUUCACAUGUUGAAACACAGUAUAAAAAAUCUAAAGGAUAGUGAGAAUAAAUUAGAUGAUGAUAUUGAAGAAGCGGAAACUAUAUUGCAUAAAGAGCAAAUUGAAACAGAAAAAGCAUAUGAUGAUUGCAGUAUAAUUCUGAAGGAAUUUGACAAAAACAAUUAUCAAUUCUCUCAGGAUGUUUAUAAUCUUUUAAAUAUAUAUGCAGAUGCUAUUAAAAAUCAAGGCAGUCCAGUAUUAUGGUUGCAAGUGCCCAUAGAUCUGUUUAUUAAACAAAUAAAAUUUUAUAAUCACUACUUGGCUAUUUAUAUAAAAAAGCAAUUCAGAAAUGCUAGUAACAAAAAACAAGAAGAGGAUUCGGAUUAUACAUCUCUAAUAAAUGAUAGCAGGGAGAAACAAGUUGAUGAAAGAAUGCAUGCGUUAUCCUUUUGUAAGACUAUCUUGAUAAAUUCUAAAAUAGAAGAGAUUAAUGCUAGUGUUCAAGAGGAAUCUUGUAUGGCAAUGUUACAAUGUAUGCAAGAUAUUUAUAAUGGCGGAGUGUUGAAACUGCCUGAGGAUAGUAAAAUACAUGAUGAAAUACAAAUGUUAAGCAUGAAAAGAGAUUUUCUGGAGCAGAAUGUUACACUUUUGCGGGAUCAACAAUUUCCUGAAGAAGUAGUACAAUUCGCAGAAAUGGAGACGUUAAAGAUCUUGAGGAAUGAUGCACUUGCUCGUCUCGAACGCAGAAAAGCUCGUCUCGAAACACUCAAGAAUUUACAUUCUCUCGCAGUAGAGCAUGGACAUGUUUAUGUGGAUUUACUAUGUAUGUUAAUGGAAAUACAAUUUUAUUCUCUACGCGAGGUUGCUGAAUUUAUUGCCGAUGCACAUCAUUAUAUCAGCACAGAAUAUAAACUGUCUUCUACAAGAUGUGAAGUCAUGCAACAACAACAAGAUGAAUAUGCAUCCCUCAUAGCACAAUCUUCAAAAACUUAUAAUGUAUUUAAUCAAAUAUUCAUCUCCAUGAUGCUCGAUAACGAUAUCUCUGACGAGUCGUUCUCUUUGGCAUUGAAAAAAUAUGAUAACCUAAUAGUUGACAAUAUGGAGAAGAAGAAAUUUAUAUUGGAAACGCAUAUAAAUAAUAAAAUCGAUGAAUUACAAAAAUUAGAGGAUGAAAUUAACAAGGAUUAUAUGGCUGAAAUACAAAAUGGAUCAACAAUCAGCUUCAGGCCAUUUUCAUAUGAAAUAAAUAAUAAAUACGAGGAAAUAUCCGCAAUUGUUCAGAAGAUACAAGCAGAUUUAACAAGAAUCAGAAAUCAAUUCAAAGAACGAAUGAGGAUGGACACUAAUUUAGAACGUGAAAAGGACAUUUUAUGGCAGAGAUUUUUAGCAGACCCAGAUACGUUAAGAAUAAAAUACGAGGAAGCGGAGCAAAAAGCAAACGAGUCUCACUUUGGACGCAUUACGGAAAGUAAGCCGAAUUUGUAAAUAAAUUCUAAAAAUUAUGUCGAUUAUAAAUUGUCAAGGAAUUGUAUAAAGCAAAAUGAUGUAUAGGUUCUAGUGAAUAUUUUUUCUAAAUGUUUUUGUAUAUUUUCAUAUUUCAUAUAAAAUGAAAAAAAAAAUUACAUAUUUAUUAUACAUAUCAAAAAUUAAAACAAUGCAAUACACUCAGUCUAUUGCAAAAUCGUAUAUUUGCGCAAAAAAUCUGAUCUUGCUUUCUUAAUCCUCCGAAUUCUUAUACACCAUUCAAAAGAAAUCCUGUUUGCCUUUGCAUUCUUAGAAAUAUAAUACACGCGGAGCGUUACAUGGAUGCGAUAAUGAAUGAUUCGUUUCAAGAAUGCAUUUGUGUAUGCGUGUAUACUGCGCGCAUGCGCAUGUCGAGUGUAAAUUCAACGAGAGAUGACGUAGAAGAGAUGCCCAAGUGUAACCUUGAUCCGCGCGCAUCGAUGUCUCUCCCCCUUCCCUUCUCCUUCAUCGAUGUGUCCUCUGCUUUCCUCUCCUCGCUUCCCCUCCCUUGCCUUCUUCGCCGACAUAGUAUUUCGCACCAACUGUCCCCCGCUCUCGAGUCGUAUGUAUGUACACAAAAGAAUUAUAAGCAAACGCUCCGAAACGAUAUGCAUUUCGAAAACAUUUUGCGACAUUUCUCGCGUAAAUACAAAAGAGAAA